UGAUACGUUGAUAUCAUUCAUAAAAUCUACACACAUUGGUCUACACCAGUAUGAAGCACAUUGGUCUGCACCAGUAUGAAGUCUAUUAUCUAUUCUAUCGUUCUCUUACUUUCUAUUUAUUCCACUCAAGGUCGCAGCUAUGGCCACCACAAGAAGACAAAAAAGGUUUCAGUUGUGUUACCUAGCAUCAAAAUUCCACUCUGUAACGUCGGAUGUACAAGACAAUUUAUAUCUCUAGAAUGUAGACAGGAAACAUUCGGAUUUGAGAAUGGCGUGAGAUGUAAGGGAUGCGACAUUGAUAUUUGCAGUGGUAGGGGAGAUAAUGUCAAGAGAUGGCAGGGCAAUGAAAGAAGAGAAAAUAAUGGUCGCUGGAGAAAAAAGGAUCAAGGAAUCGAUGUUGGAUUCAUUGAUAACAUUCAAAAUGACAUUUUAAAUCAAGGACAAGGGCUAGAUCAAGGUGAAUGGUCAAAAAAUAGAUUCGAUACUAGAACAACCAGACAAUUCAGAAAUGAAUGGAAUUUGUAAUCGGACUUUUUCAAAAAUACGCUGUCAGCUACUAGUAUCAUGUUAUAAUUAGCCAUGAAAUCCAUGUUAAUUGAAACAAUAUGUCAAUA